AUGAAGCCCCUUAACUCUUUCCCUUCUGCCACCGCCACGCCAUCCACACUGAGGAAGCGCAGUCAACUUUGGGACUACAUAAGCCAUGGUCUCAGGACUCACUGCAAGACCCAGGAGGCCACAGAAGGCUGGCAGCAUGCGUCACCACAGGAGCAACUUCGACAAGAAUCAUCCACGUUACUUUGGGGAAAUUGGUGUGAGGCAUUACCACUUAAAGAGGAACCAGAGCUUCUCCUCAACUCUCAACCUGGAAAAAUUGUGGUUCUGGUCAGUGAGCAGACAUGGGUCAAUGCUGAAAAACAAAACAAAACAAGGCAAGCGCUGCUCCCAUCAGUGACGUUGUUUGUGUGGUCAGGGCGCUCCACCAUUCUGGGGAAGGGCCCGUUCCCUAUGCAGCUUGUCACCGUAAAGGCCAGAGUCUUCAGCAGAGGAGCUGAAGGGAAGAUCACGGCUGUCGGAGGUGCCUGUGACCUGAUGGCUUGA